AUCAGACACAGCAUCGCUGCUGGAGUUUUCAAAUACCGUGUCCACUCACUGUCCACUCUUAAAUUAUACACACCUGCUUUGUUGGUCCACCUUGUGGAUGUAGUCAGAGAUGAUGUGUUAGAAUGGAAUUAUCAGAAGACAGAAGAUCUGGUGAACAGAAUCCUGCUCACUUACAGGUUUGUGAAAUUGUGAAGAUAGAGACUUCAGAUGGGGAAACGUCAAGCUCUGUGGAGAACAUCACUCUUGUAGAACAAAAAUAUGAAGGAUCCCGGAAGAAAACUCUAAUCAAAAAGGAACCUGAUGAUGAAGGUUAUUUCUGUGGAGGAACCUCAAGCUCUGUGGAAUAUAUAACACCAGUGGAACACCAGAAUGGAGGAUUCCUGAAGAAGCCUGGAAAAGAGGAAGAACCUGAGAAUGAAGAUUACCUCUACUGCGAGGAGUGCAAGUCCUUCUUUAUCAACAUGUGUGAGGUUCAUGGUCCCGCCCUCUUCAUCCCUGAUACUAAUGUUCCCAUGGGGAUUCCUGACCGAGCCAGGCAGACUCUUCCACCUGGUCUAGAGGUUCGAAAGUCCAGUGUUUUUGACACAGGCUUGGGAGUUUUUAAUAAGGGGGAGACUGUUCCAGUUGGUGCACACUUUGGACCUUACCAGGGAGAAUUGGUGAACAAAGAGGAAGCUGUGAACAGUGAAUACUCUUGGGUGAUAUACAAGGGAGGGCAGUGUGAGGAAUACAUAGAUGCCAAGAGAGAGACCCAUGCUAACUGGAUGAGGUACGUGAAUUGUGCUCAGAAUGAUGAUGAGCAGAAUCUUGUGGCAUUUCAGUAUCGAGGGCUGAUUCUUUACCGCUGCUGUCAAUCCAUCGAACCAGGACAGGAGCUUUUGGUUUGGUAUGACGAAGCAUAUGCUGAAGAUCUUGGCUCCACAUUCGACCACAUAUGGAAUAAAAAGUGCUCUGUUAAUGGUGUGAAAGGCUCCCAGCUGCAAAUGUUCAUCUGCUCCUUGUGUACACUGUCCUAUACAUCCCAAAAUUACCUCCACAAACACAUCAAGAGAUGCCACCAUGAGGAAUAUGCACGGCUGCUCAAAUCAGGAGAGAUUAAUGAUGAAAAAAAUCAAAUGUGCUGUAGAAAUGAUCAAACAUUUGUAGGUACUGUCAGCACAAACGCAUCAUGGAGACAAGAACACAAAGAAAUUCAUCACUGCACACAGUGUGGGGAGAGUUUUACACAACAAAAUGAACUCCAGCGACAUUUGUGCAUUCAGCCAGGAGAGAAAGAGAAACCGUAUCAAUGCCCAGAGUGUGGAAAGAGCUUUAGUGCCAAAAGCACUCUAAAGAAACACCAGCGCAUUCACACAGGGCAAGAUCUGUAUCACUGUUCACAAUGUGGGAAAACGUUUAAUAACCAGAGUCAUCUCCAACGACACCAGCGCAUUCACACUGGAGAGAAGCCGUAUCAUUGCUCACAGUGCGGAAAAAACUUUACUGACAAGAGUUAUCUCCAGCUACACCAGCACACUCACACAGGAGAGGAUCUAUAUCAGUGCUCACAGUGUGGUAAGAGCUUCACAAAACAGAGCCAUCUCCAACGACACCAACGAUUUCACACAGGCGACAAGCCAUACCUCUGCUCGCAGUGCGGUAAAAGCUUCGCGCAACCAAGUGAUCUUCAGCGACACCAGCGCAUUCACACCGGAGAGAAGCCGUAUCACUGCUCGCAGUGCGGUAAGAACUUUACAGCCAAAAGUCAUCUCCAGCUACACCAGCGCUUUCACACGGGCGACAAACCCUAUCAAUGCUCGCAGUGUGAAAAAUGUUUUACCCAAAAGAGCGACCUUGAUCGACACCUGCGCAUUCACACAGGAGAGAAACCGUAUCCGUGCUCAAGGUGUGGGAAGAGUUUUAGUACAAGGGGAGCCCUCACAGAUCACCAGCGCGUUCACACCGGAGAGAAGCCGUAUUACUGCUCACAGUGUGGGAAGAGUUUCAGUGGGAGAGGAGCACUUAUUAAGCACCAGCGCAUUCACACAGGAACAAAGCUUUGAACGCGCAUUUGGAUGAGAAGUGUUUUGCGCUUUGCUCACCUCAAACCUCUGCGCAAAUCACCGCUUUGCUCAGCGCAAACAUCAAAGUGUUCCAUGACACUAAUAUCCAUUAGUGUAAAAUAACCAUCAAAUCCACUUUGAAAAGCAUAUGUGAUGACGACCUAGAUCACGCCGUCAUCCCAUCUUCCUUUUACCUUUUUGUACAAGCAUGCUAUAAAAGUGAAUAAAGCUCACCUGAGGAUGAUUAACAACAUCACAACUUA